AUGCUUCUUGUUUACUCUCUCUCUCUCCAUCAACACAACUCUCGUUAUCAUAUCAAGCAGUACAUUCGCUUCUAUCUCUUCAAGACUUUAUCAUACCCGUCAGGUCACUCGUUUCUGACACCACACUCGUUACGUGCACACGGCCAUCUAUAUCAUUCCUCAUUCAAGAUGAGUACCGACUCGGGAUACUGCAGUUUACAAUCUUCUCCAUAUUACAAGGAGCUGCAAAAUGGCUAUUUUACAGCUGUACCCGAUGUUUCAAGCGCUUCAUCGUUCAGCGCUUCCAACUCCCCAGUCUCGCUCCAGUCGUUCCAAACUGGCACGCCACCAGGCUCAAUUUCUGACAUUCUUGAGACUCGCAAGGAGGCCAAGGAAAUACUCCUGAUAUACCGUACUACCCUGGCUGAGCUUGAGUUAAGACGCAUGAGCGGCUCUCGGAAGGGGCUGCAGAGAUGGGUCGAGUACUGGACAAAUACUUACAAACCGGACUUUGCCCGUCCUCUUUGCCAAAAGAUCGAACUGGCCUGUCCGGAAAUCAACCGUAUCUUCAGGGAGGCCGCCCAGGAUGUCUACCAGAUCAUCAAUGAGAUUGACGCGUGCAUCACGUCCGCCUCUCACCAAGAUGAAGUACGAGACUUGAUGGCAAGCAUGAGGUGCCGUAUUCAUCGGAUUGUCAGUGAACGGCGGGUGCGGGCCAAUCAGCUCAUGGAAUGGCUUAGAUGUGACAUCGAGUCUACACCCGUGGAUAUACAGGACAAGAUGUUUGAUCGGUUAAAGAAGCAGGUCUAUGGCCUGGACCCAUCAGGCCAUUACCACCCUAACCCCGAGGAAGAGGAACGUGAGGAACGUCAGGAACGUGAGGACCAGGUGGAAGAAAAUCAAGAAGAGACUAUCGAGGAGCGCCUCCGACAGCAGAUGGGCCUUUUGAACAUGGCUACUCUUCCUGACAGUCUAAGGCAAGUUAUUGCAGUGGACAAUGCAAGGAGCCAGUGGGCGCAUUAUGCUACACAAGGAGAAACUUUUGCCAUGAACAACGCCGAGGGAGUGGCGUGA